AUGUUUGGAUCGCAAUUAACUGGAUGGGAUGCAAAUGACAAUCGGUAUACAACCGCAACUAGCCUCUCCGGGCCCUGGUCCGAGUGGACAAACUUUGCACCUGAAGGAUCGAAAACUUUCACAUCGCAGUCUACAUUUGUCCUAGAAAAGGAUGGCGUUGUAAUUUACAUGGGCGACCGUUGGGUCCCGGGUAACUUGGCUUCAUCGACUUAUGUAUGGAUGCCGUUGACUAUUUCGGGAACCAAGGCAACUUUGAAUGAAGCAGAUGCAUGGACAUUCACCGAUGGAGGAUGGGACACCGCCGAACCGGUCGCCACACUCCCAGCCAUCUCAGACGACACUACACUCGGCGGCUCCGCCCGGUCUGUGACCGACGAGAGGGUAGGAUAUAUCGGUGGUCCUGACAACGGAACCCUGACCUUUAAAUCGGUCUCUGCAUCUGGCAGCGGCAAGCACACAGUACAGAUUUCGUAUCGCAACGGCGACGGCUCGCAGAGAUAUUGCGCCGUCGUCGUGAAUGACAAAUCCUAUUCGGUCGCUUUCAGCUCUACCGGGACUUCUCUGGGCACGAGCGUUUUGCAUGCGGAGUUGGCCGAUGGGAGUGAGAACGAGAUCCGGUUUGAGGGAUUGGAUGGGAAAUACUGUCCUGAUAUCCAGGAGUUGGUCAUUUCCUAA